ACCUAAUCGUCUUACUUGAAAGCUUGCUCAAGAAGCGACGGGAACCGAUGAAGCUUGGCUACUGGACUUAUUCCUCCACCAGGAUCCCUUCUGAGGAAAACAAUACGUCCCACGACCAUAAUUGUCUCUUUACCAAUAUAGCGACUAUUUCUGCCGACAUAAAAUAAAGUCGUGUGUAUAAAAAGAAUGAGAGUCAAGGAGUUUGUUUUUUAAGCAUUUGUAAAUAGGUAAGAUUUAAUUAACGAAUAAUACUGUGCUGGGUGCAAAUUUGGGAAAACAGUACAUUCAUAAUGAUAUUGUGCUGAGCACUGAAGUUGCACCAUUCCGCAGACUCCGUACUUUAUUGAAAUUUGUGGUCGGGCAAACAAGAUAUUUGCGGUCAUAGACACUCUAAUGCAAACUAUCUCAAGUGGGCAUCUCAUAUUUCCUUAUUCAGACUCUAUUUUAUCCUCGAUAAAUUUGUUCUCAUCUGGUCCCUUCACAAUUUUGGCAUGCCCAUCUAACAAUACGAGGGAAAUUGUUAUCGGACUCUCAGAGUUUCAGGUUACAGGUUCAAAUAGACAACUUGCAGGGUUUUAGGCUACGCUUUUUAGGGUUUAGGUUGUGCCAAACGACAAUGUUGUUUUGAACAAACGCUACCGUUAAGCCUUGGGGAAAGCUCUUAUUUUAAAUCUUCGAGAGGCAAGUAGUUGAGAGGUGAAGAUGGCAUCAAAGGGAAAGCAACGUCCUGCACCGAAGAUUGAGGAGCUGUCUGAUACCAAAAAAAUCAAGUCGAGCACAGAUGGUGACGAGAAGGCCCAAAAAGUGCAGCUUAAUCGUGCGGACUGCAAUCUAGAUUUUGACAUUGAAGAUGAUGGUCUUCAGGGUCAUGCUUUGCAUGAUAAAGGCUUUGCAUACUGUUGGUCAGGUGCUCGUGCAACUGUAGGAAUAAGACGUGGAAAAUAUUGUUUCUCAUGCAAGGUCAUUGCUAGACAACCAGUUGAAAUGGAAGAUACACCCCCUGAUCAGCAAAAUUUGUGCCGUGUUGGUGUUUCAAGAGGUGAUGACAAUGUGGGAAGCCUUGGUGAAACUGACCAUAGCUUUGGGUUUGGGGGUACUGGAAAGUUUUCAACAGGUGGGAAGUUCUUGGACUAUGGUUCAAAGUUUAGUGUUGGUGAUACUAUUUUGUGUACAGUGAACCUUGAAAGCCAUCCUCUGGCUGAACUUUCCUUUUCUAAGAAUGGGACACAACUAGGUGUAGCUAAACGUUUUGACUCGGGUCCUAAGGGUAUGGAAGUCACAGGUACUCCCCUUAAGAAAUUAUCUUGGGAGUCUGCGAUUUUUCCACAUGUCCUUUUGAAGAAUGUUGUGGUUCAGAUGCAGUUUAGCAUUGAGGAUGGCCUUGUUCCACUAGAAGGGUACAAGCCUUGGAAUUCUUCGCUCCAGGAUGGGAAUGGUCUAAUUGGCCCCCAAUUUGGUUCUGCAAAGGAAUGUGAAGUUCUAAUGUUGGUAGGGCUUCCAGCUGCAGGCAAAACUACCUGGGCUGAGAAUUGGGUGAAAAGCCAUCCAGAGAAACGUUAUAUGCUUCUUGGAACAAAUUUAGCACUUGAACAAAUGAAGGUGUAUGGAUUGCAGAGGAAAGGGAAUUAUGGGGAGCGUUUUGAUCGGCUGAUGGACCGAGCUACUAACAUAUUCAAUACAUUAUUAGCCAGGGCUGCCAAAAUACCCCGGAAUUUCAUCCUAGAUCAAACCAAUGUAUAUAAAAGUGCUCGAAAACGCAAGUUAAGGUCCUUUGUGGACUAUCGCAAGAUUGCAGUUGUUAUUUUCCCUCCUCCGCAAGAGCUGAAAAUACGAGCCAAAAAACGUUUUAAGGAGAUGGGAAAGGAAGUCCCUGCAGAAGCAGUGAAUGAGAUGCUAGCAAAUUAUGUACUUCCAAUGAGCAAGGACAUGCAUGGAUCUGAUGAGUUUUUUGAUGAGGUGUGGUUCCCUGAAUUAAAAAGAGAAGAAGCACAUACGAUUUUGGAGACAGAUAAGAGCGAACUAAAAGCAUCAAGCAUGACAAAGUCUCGAGAUGCCUUGCCUUAUUCUCGUGCAGGUUCUGUUGCUAGUGUUACUGGUCCUAGAAAUCUUCAUACAGAAGUUUCCCCAGCACCAGGUGGCAGUUGGCGAGGUACUCCAGCAUCUUCAUUGGAUCGCAAUAUGUAUGGCCCAUCUAAGAUUGGGGAUGUGCGGAGCAUGCCAGACAUGUUGUGCAGGACACCAGACAUGGUGCACAGUGCACCAGCUAAUUUCCGAGGUACACCAGAGAUGUUCCAUGGCACACCAGAUCCAAUGCGCAGCACACCAGGCUUCCGAGGCAUGCUAGAUAGGGUGCAGGGAACACCUGAUAUGGUGCAAGGACAUAGAACAGAACUUGGGGAUUCAAGGGGAAGGUUUUCAGUUCCAGCUGAUCCUCCACAGGGGAGAUAUGGAAGAGAGAUUGGAGAUCAUAGGUUUCCAAGAAUGGAUCAACCAUUUACAGACCACAGGGACUUCCGGGAUCAACCAUUAACAGACCAGAGGGGCUUCAUAGAUCGAUCAUAUUCAGCAGAGAGUGGGUACAGAGAUCAGCCGAGCCUAGAUCAGAGGGGUUACAAUGAGCAACCGUACCCAAGCCAGGGAGGCCCCUUCUCUGUUAACACAGACCCUCAAUUUGGAAGACCCCAACCAUAUGGAAUCCCAGAUCCAGGCACGAGACAGACUCAACCAUAUGCACCACCUCACCUGUACUCUAUGCAGCCACGUCCUGGAUGGGGCCAUCAGCCAUAUUGAAAAAUUCAAGUUACAGAACAUCUAUGUUGUUAGCUUCAAAUGAUAGAAAUGAUGGAAGGGAUUGAACUGAGAAUAUGCAUUGAUUAUGGAUAACUAUCAUCAUUCCAACAUAUUUUGAGUUUGAUAAUCUUGGUAUUUUAUUAAUACAGAUAUCCUAUUUAAAUUGACAAAACAUUCCAGAGAAAGAAAUACGCUUUUGUUUUAGAACUCUUAAGUAUUAACAUGCAGAUAUGUAUGUGGGGUCAUGCAUGAUGCUCUUAAGUGACAUACUGGCUGUCACUGGUUUACUUCCAGCGAAUAAAUAUUGCUUGUACGUGGAAGCUUUCAAUUUUGAUUAUAGUAGCAAUCUUGUUCAUAGAAAUUGUCGA